CACAUGCACGCGACAGCAUCUGACCGCCGUACCAGCCGCCGCAGCCGUAGCUGCUACCGUCGUAGCUCGUCGCGGAUGCUCGUGUGCCUGCGAUAACGAUACUUUGCUCUUUCUACGAUCCCGCACCGCGGACAGCUCAAUUCUCGCGAGAGGAAAGCUGACGCGCGGUGUGUGUGAACCUAUGACGAAACGGUACCGCACGUGUGGAACGCGGAACCACGGGAGUAAUUGCCAGCGUCGAAACAGUGAGACAGUGAAUAUUCGUGACAGUUUCUAAUGGCAUUGGAAGGAUUCUGAAAUAGAUUUACGAUCCAACUCGUAAUUUACGAUGCUCGUGUUCGUUUCGGUGAUUAGCAUCGGAAUCGUUCGUGAAUUCGCCGAUGGGUGACGCUGGGUAUCUGAUGCGUCACUGACAGAUCGGAGAGACAAUAGGAUUUUUGAAUAUUCGCGGGCUAUAAAAGACACGAUUCUGGCGGUAAAAACGCGGGAAACUUCGGUAAUAACCGUUGACAGUUGGCGUUGGUGUCGAUUCAAAAUUUACGUGAGAUCUGGUGUUUGGCAUUCGGAUGACAAGUGAAUUGAACGAGAAACGUGGCCAGGAACGAUAUACGAAGGAAAUAACGACGACACACACUUGUCACGCUGUUCCGUUUAAUAACUAUAUACAUUAAGAAGUGUUCGUAUAAUGAACGUGAAGGAUAAACGUAUAUAACCAAGUAGUGACUACCGUGCGAGACUGGAAUACGUUCGGAGCGUGUCGAAGGAAUAUAUCUGUGCUCAUUUAUCAGUGUAGUGUUUCUAUAGGAAUAUACUGUGAUAUCAAAGGAUAAUAGACGUCUGAAGGAUCUUUUAUAUUUGUAAUUCGCUUCGGUUUCGUUAACCUCAAUUCCAAAAUAACCUCAAAAAUCUGUAUACUGCACUCGUCUUCGUGGAACUUUCAUUCUCAAAAGUGCAACACCGACCAUUGACCAUUGCUCGACGCUUUUAACAAACGAUAAAAACGAUAAAAGGAUAUCAAAUUCGUAUACGGAGGGCGAAGAACAGUUUAGCUUGUCCAACAAAGGGAGCCAGCAGGUGACCACAUUGGAUUUCGCGGCGUUGGCUGCUUACGGGGGCGUUUCGGGACCCAGGGUCGCGGUGGCGGGUACCGGGGUCCUCGCGCUACCCGGCCUGAUACCCGAUAAGGGUUUAUCAUCGCCCGGAGGACAGUCGAAAACAAAGUCCGCAGGGCUGGCGGGCCUCGACAGCGAGGCGGUGCGCCGGUGGGUCGCCGAGGCCGCGCGAACCGUCCGGCAAAUUCCGCCUCCGGUUGUGAUACCAUCCAGUUCGCAACAACAACAGCAACACCAGCAACAAUCUAUUCAACAGCAGCCGCAGCACAGGCAACAACAUCAUCAUUCCAUCCAUCGACAGCGUCAAGAGUCUAGCCCACCUUUGGUGGGCGCCUCCCCUUUCGUUCUGCCGUCGUCGAUGACGCAGACCCCCAGCAUGCAUCUGCUGGAGAACAACAACCUGGUGGAGGUUGCGAUGGUUCAACAGCAGCAACAAUCGCAACAGCAGAUGCAGAUGCAGCAACAGAAGCAAAAGCAGACCAGCCCGACGAACAACAACACGAUCGAGGCUUGGAGGUCUAUACAGGGUGGCCACCAAUGGUGGAGUCCACCGAGCACCGUUCAUCAGGAGCAGCAGCAGCAACAGCAACAGCAGCAGCAGCAACAGCAGCAACAACAACAACAACAACAACAACAAGUAUCGCCUAUAGGACAGCAAGUUGUUCAGUCCCAGAGUUUGGUCGUUGGCUCGGUUUGUGGACAAGUACAGAGACAGUCGCAGAUACAAUCGGAGAUCGAUCAACCUUUGGACUUUUCGGUCGGUUCUCUUCAACAACAGAGGCUACAUUCUCGCGUAAGGACUAUGUACGAGAGACUGCAGGAUAGGAUACACGACAAUAAUAAUGGAACAACCGGUAGCGGGCAGAAGAUCGGCAGAGGGACGGGAAGCAGAAGAAGUUACAGUCCCAGUGAGGGUAGCAGCAGCAGCAGCGAAGACGAAGGAGUCUCCACCGGCGGUAGCCCUUCCGGUCCACUUCGAGGCACCGAAAAUGACACGUGCGAGCAGCCGAUCGCGGAUCGACCUUACGGCAAACUUUGGAUAGGCGAUAACGAGGUUGCGUGGCGGACCGAACAGUCUUUCAAGAGGACCUCACCCCUAAACCCCUGCACCACCACGACUACCACGACAACGACAGGUGGUGGAGCACUGGCACACCCCCACCUGUCACCACCCAUUGCCGCUCCCGUGACCACUCCCGAUCACAGAAGCCCUAGCAGCCUCCACGUGAAGCUUGGAAUUUCUCCUGCAAGCGACGCGCUCGGCCGAAUCGAUAAGGAGCCAGCCUCGCCGGAAUCCAUACAAGAUGCGGAUCUUCAUGGCGAGGUGGACGGACCCGAACUCAGUGGCGACGACAGGAGUAUCACGAGUGAUAUCCAAGAUGCCACCGAGGCGAACCUCGACCAUGAUUCCAUGGACUCGGAUAGGGAAGCUCUUAAUCUGGUCACAGACGUGUCGCAUCGUAACAGCAGCAGUGGUACCAGCGGUAGCGCCUCUUCGCCUAGUUCCGGGGUGAGCAGUCAGAUAACCGGAAGUCAUCAGCAGCAACAACACACGGCAGGCCAGCAGAACAGCAGCAACUCCCAAGCUGCACUGGCUGCUCAACUAGUCAGCCAACAAUUACUGAUGCACGGAUCUCUGGGCGCCCUUGGACCUCAGGAGAUCCAGGCGUUGGCCUCCACGUUUCAACAGCAACAGCAGUCUCUGCAGCAACAGUUGCAGCAGUUGGCCAUGUUUCAGCAAGCAAAUUCGGCUGCUGCGGGUCAACUUCCGGCUCAGGCGCAAUUCUUCUUGCAGAAUCAGGGGCUGUUGCAGAGCGGUGGCUACUCCUCAAGAUCCAGUCAUCCGCGCUCACAGUCCAUGCAGGUGCAGCAGGCAGUGGUGCAGGCAGCCCAACAACUGCAAGCUCUCCAGAAGCAGCAGGCUGUUCAAGGAAGCGGAGGCCUAGUUGGUCGAAGUUUAGCGCAACAAAGAUCACCUCCGCCUCCUGGCACACCUCCAGCUGUGAAACAACCACCUCCAAGGCUGGAACCGUCGCCGGAAGAGACCACGGAUCUCGAGGAGUUAGAACAGUUCGCCAAGACCUUCAAACAGAGGCGGAUCAAGCUUGGUUUCACUCAAGGCGACGUUGGCCUCGCCAUGGGAAAACUUUACGGAAACGAUUUUUCCCAGACAACGAUCUCGAGGUUCGAAGCGUUAAAUCUUUCCUUCAAAAAUAUGUGCAAGUUGAAACCCCUCCUACAAAAAUGGCUGGAGGAUGCAGACAAUUCAUUGAACAAUCCCGGUUCACUUUCGAACCCGCUCACAACCCCGGAAGCCAUCGGUAGGCGGCGGAAAAAAAGGACAUCGAUAGAAACGAGCGUGAGGGUGGCACUGGAGAAAGCUUUCGUACAAAAUCCAAAACCCACCUCGGAAGAAAUUACUGUAUUAGCAGACAGUUUGGCCAUGGAAAAGGAAGUGGUUCGAGUGUGGUUUUGCAAUAGACGACAAAAAGAGAAGAGGAUCAAUCCACCAACAGCGGCGAUGGGUAGCCCAACAAUGGCGUCCCCAGCACCAUCGGUUUUCGCAUCACUUGCGAGUUCCAUGUCAGGAAGCCCUCUCGCGCUCACGACGCAUUCCUCGGGCAUGGGCCACUCUCACCCCCACCCCACACCCCUCGGUUCACCUUUACCUCUUGCCCUGGUCGCAUCAGCAGGUGGAAACUACCAUCCACUUAGCGGCAAGUCUCACGAGUGACACCAACAGCCCGCCCAUCCAGGGGAUACACAUUUUCAUCAACAGCAUCAACAAUCGCAGCAGCAACAGCAACGACGUUUGUGCAAUCUACCCGAGUUCUAUCACUAAUCCGUUGGGUGGCCAAUCGCUGGCGAUGGUUCAGCGACGAUUUGGCGAAAACCCGCCACCGAUUUCGUUGCCAAAGGGAAUUUGGCGCGAUGGAACCGACGGGUUCGAGCAAUACAGGGCCAUGUGAGUGGAGUGGACGAAGACGGCAUGAUACGAUUCAAAGAAAAACAUAUCCUGAUGUCAAGAAGUCUUUGGAAGAGGUUCAUUUGGGAAGAGGAUGGGGAGAGAAGAGGAACAUUUGCCGGAGAAGAAAAUAUCAUUGGUUUCCUCGAAUAUCAUUCAAGGUAUAACGUAUCUCGUGAAGAGUAUACGAAUCGUGAAGAGACGUUGAGGAGAAAGAUGAAACGUCGACGAGAGACUUUUAGAUAGUUAUUUAAAAAUACAUAGAAGGUAGAACACAUUCGACAAUUUUAAUUUUCGUAUUUCGUUAAAUAAUACUUUUUAUUAUUAUUCUCACAGUAUUAUCUUCGAAAUUUUGAUUGAAAUUAUGUGGAACGUAGACUUCGAAGCUUGUCAGAAUUAAUGUGAUUAUUGUUAGAAAAAUAAUGCGGCUCAACUUUGACUGAGAAUUAAAAUACAACGAAACAGCUUUGAAGUCCUCGUUUUUGCAUAGUAUGUGGUGCAGGAUCGUUGCCGCCGUUCAACGUUUAUUUACAAUUAAUAUGAUAUACAGCAAACGGAUAACAUUAAAAUUUUAAUUAAUUUCUGUGACUUAUUUGAAUUAUCAUGAAAUAUUCAUCAAGGGGAAACUAUUCGACGAUACGUAUCAUUAUCGAUUGGUUUUCCUUUGCGAGUUUUCUUUUAUCUAUCGAGUGAUCCAACGUCGCUUCGACUACAUAUUGCAUUAUAUUGUUUCACAAUUUCAAAGAAUUCUAUCAACUUUUCGAGAUUGUGAAAUAAAGAAAGACAAGAUACUUCUCGAAUUCCUUCUCGAGUAAAAUCACGGCGGAACACACGAUUGAAAUAACAACGAACAACGAAAAAGUACACGUUGGAGGAACGAUAAACCUUCCGUUUAUGCCAUUUCAUUGAAUUGAUCGAGGCGGUUCUUUCGAGGAUGGCGAACGCUCUUCAAAGUUUUCACUUCUUCGUGGUAAGCAGGGUUUACAUGCCACUUGCAAGGGAAUCUUCAGGAUCGAAAGGUGUAUUGCUUGUAUUGAAACAGAAUUACAUCGCAAAAAUUUUUGAAUAUUCACUGCCAUCGAAGAAACUUAAACUUAAACAUCGACAACCGAACGAUAGAUUAUGAUUUCUUCUAAUAAAAAAUUAAUUGGUUUAAUAACAUUAAUUAGAUUUUAUAGAUAUUAUAGCGUUUAUUUUCAUCGAACAUAAUUAUCGAACGUAAUUAAGAUCAGACGAACUUUCGAUCUUCGAGUUUUAAGCAGCCUUGCAUUUGGCAAAGAUGCGGCGAGGUCCGACAAUACGUUUGUAUAUAAUUACGCACACGUUUGCGUGUCUGUCGUCAUACAUAUCCGUGUCCUGAGUUUGUACAUAUAGGAAGAAAUGUGCACGAGGCGUAAUAAUAAAUUUAAAAAAAAAAAAAAAAGAAGGGAGAAUCGAAGGGAAUACGAGGAAUGGGCUCAUUCAUCUUCAUCGUCGAAGAAGUCGAAGAUCUUUGGACGAUCGAUUUUACGACGAAUCGUAAUCACUCAAGCCAAAGUAUCGUCAUGCCUAAUCGUCAAAUACGUGUGACGUUUAAUUAAAAUAAAAGAAGAAGUAAAUAAAAGAUAGAUUCCUAAGGGGAUGAACAAGAGCGCGCUCGUAUUCUUUGCUUUUUGGACAGACACGAAGAUUAGCAAUUGUAGAUACGUUCUGUACAUGUACAUACGGUAUAUAGAGACAGUUUUAUCAGCGAAUUAUUCCACGUAUAUGUUUGUACGAGUCGAUAUCGAUGGUUUCUUUGAUUCGAAAGUUCGCUUUCCCGUCAUUUUCGCGUUUGAAAAACGCCCACGUGACUUAUGGCGCGUGAACUUUCAUUCUGGAAGCCUGGAAAUCGAUUCUUCGAUGAAUGAAUUCUCCCUCUUCUAAUUAAUUAAAGAUUAUAAUCUUGUUGCGACGAAAGGAAUAAAACGAAAAAAAAUGGUGAUUACGUCGGUAAAUAAUAAUUUGAAGGAAUUUACAUACGUAGAAAUUUGUAAUUGUAAUCGCCGUAUGCUAAGAAUCAUCGAUAUACGUAUAUAUAUAUUAUAUGUUAUGUUAUUUGUGUGUACGUGGGUGCAUAAGCACACACAUGACAAGAAAGAUGUAGACGCAAUUGCGCAUGAGAUGAGAACAUACAUAAUAUGUAUAAAUAUAUACAUACUAUACAUAUAUAUAUAUAUACAUAUGUAUAUACAUAUACAUAAAUAUAUAAUGUAUAAAGUGUAACGUGUUGUAAAUAAUAGAGAGAAUCGGCAAAGAACGGUGAUUUAGUGAAUCUGCGGCGGAUUUAUUCAUUGUGACGAUCGUUUCUUAUUAUUGCGACGCUUAUCGUUAAGUUAAUCUUUAAUCAUAGAAUAUCAUUGGAUAACGUUAGUCGUUGAAAUGAUUGUAAGUUCGAGAGAAAAUAUCAAAUAUGUAUCUCUUUAUCAUGAUAGAAUAAAUAUAAUACAAUUAAAUAUCUUUUAUAUAUAUAUAAAAUAUUCAAUUUUGAUCUGAAAUCGCGAUUGAUAGUGAAACAGGAUGAUUUGAUUUCCACGAUGUAUAUUAUAUAGAUAAGGAAAUGAAAACUCAUCGUUGUUCUUAAGUGGUGAUAAGUAGCGAUAACUAUGAUACAUUACAUUAAUUACUAAAUACGUUCUUCUUGACAUUGAGAUUUAUUUCUGGUUAACACGAUUUCUCAAUAUUCUCUCGUACUUAUGAUCGAGUAACGUCAACGAAUUAAAUCAUUUGUUGCAAGAGUUUUAUACACGCAAUAUGGUGUCGAACAUGCGUAUAUUUAUAUUAUGUUAUGUUAUAUAUAAUUUUCUAUAAAUGAUACAUCAAUCACACGAUACGUCAAAAUAUAUUUUACAUAUUUUGAUAUACCGUGGACACGUGAUUAUAUAUAAUGUAAUAUAGCAUUUGUAUAUACGUAUGUAUGUAUUUAAACGCGUACGAGACGAGAUCUCUAAUCGAUCAUGCAUACGAUAUUUCGUUCUCAAAUCAUAUUUCACAUCUGCAUACACACACACACACACACACACACACACCUAAAUACACAACCCAAUCAUUUCCCAUUUUUUUCACCAUCCAUAAUUCUACAACAUUCAGUUUGCAUCCCUUCGAUCGAUCUUUUAAAUUUCGUUUCACUUCGAAUCAUUAACUCCCAGAGUCGUGGACCAAGUUGUAGCGAAACAGAAGUGUGAAUGAGAGAAAAUAAAGAAUGAGAGAGAAUUUCGCGAAGAAAGAUACAAAAAAAAAAAAAAAAGAGUUCCUAGAGCACCAGUUGCGAGUGCGUUAUGUAGACGUUUUAUUAAAUUAAACGCGAUCAACAGGUGUGUAAACGAUAGAAACGGGAGAAAGAAAUCGUUAGAUAGCGAAGAGAACGUGAUUUCAAAUGUUAGAAUGGGAUAAUUGAAAAUUAAGUAUGAAUGACAGAGAGUGUGAGUGUGAGGGACAUUUUUGCGUUUUUCUUAUCUUCUUCCUUUUUUCUAUUUCUAUUAUCUCUCCUCUUCCUUGUCCGUCGAAGGUGUACAGUGUUUUUUGUAGAUAAGAAGAGAGAUUAGAAAAACCGAAUCCCACGAUUCCCGCACCCUUUGAUCAACGUGUCAUUGGUUAAUUAUUUUUUCGUGGGCUUCGAUAAGCCGGCGCAUUCCAUGAAUGAGUAAUGAUAGAAGCAUUAUUACAAUGGUUAUAAUUAUUCUUAUUAUUAUUAUUAUUAUUAUUAUUAUUAUUAUUAUUAUUAUUAUUAUUAAUUAUUAUUAUUAUUAUUUCAUUAUAUUUUAACUUUUA